AAACCCCUCACACCUGAGAGAGCUGGAUCUGAGCUACAAUCACCCAGGAGACUCAGGAGUCAGACUGCUCUCUGCUGGACUGGAGGAUCCACACUGCAGACUGGAGAAACUCAAUGUGGAACAUGGUGGAGAGAACAGAAUGAAACCUGGGCUUAGAAAAUAUGUCUGUGAUCUCACACUGGACCUAAACACAGUAGACAGACUCCUCUCUCUGUCUGAGGAGAACAGAAAGGUGACAUGUAGGAGAGAGGAGCAGCCGUAUCCUGAUCACCCAGAGAGAUUUGAGGACUGUAGACAGGUGCUGUGUAGAGAGGGUCUGACUGGGUGCUGUUACUGGGAGGUAGAGUGUAGUGGGGGAGGGGCUGGUAUAGGAGUGACAUAUAAAGGAAUCAACAGGAGAGGAGAGGGUGAUGACUGUUGUCUUGGAUACAAUGACAAGUCCUGGAGUCUGUUCUGCUCUGACAACAGUUACACUGCCAGGCACAAUAAUAAUCUCACUACCAUAGACGUCCGCCCCUCCAGCUCCCACAGAGUAGGAGUGUAUCUGGACUGGCCAGCCGGCACUCUGUCCUUCUAUAGAGCCUCCUCUGACACACUGACCCACCUGUACACAUUCACCUCCACAUUCACUGAGCCCCUCUAUCCAGGGUUUGGGGUUGAUUAUGACUCCUCAGUGUCCCUGAAAUAAUACAGACUGGACAAACACACACACACACUGGACACACACACACACACACACACACACACACAGGACUCACACACACACACACACACACACACACUGGACAAACACUGGACACACACACACACUGGACACACACACACACUGGACAAACACACACACACACACACACACACACACACACACACACUGGACAAAAUAACACACACUGGACAAACAAACACACACACACACACACACACACACACACACACACACACACACACACACACACACACUGGACAAACACACACACACACACAAACACAGUGCACACACACACAGGGGACACACACACACUGGACACACAGGACACACACACACACACCAGUGGUCACACACACACACACCAGUGGUCACACACACACACACACACACUGGUCUCAAACACACUGGACAAACACACAAACACACACACACACUGGACAAACACACACACACACACACACACACAGUGGACACACACACACACACACACACACACACACACACACACACACACACACACUGGACAAACAAACACACACACACACACAGUGGACAAACACACACACUCUGGACACACAUGCGUGUCUUCCUAUAAUCGUGACAAUAACACUGUUAAAAUACCAAUGUGAUCAUUUGUUGUCUUUGAUGUUGAAUAACAAAUUGUAUAAUUAUAUAUGGACAUACGCUCCAUAGUUGUACAAGUAUACAAGGAUAUAUUGUACUUUUCAUAAUAAAACAUACUUAAAACAAGAAAAGCAUGUUAA